UGUCAAUUACAUGUAAUAAAAACCUAAUUAAUAAUUGAUAGUUAUUACAUUAUUGAAUACAAAUGGUCCCCACCCCUCUCCAAUCAGUUUUAAUUCAUACCAAAUUAAUCUCCCAUCAUUUCUAUGCAUUUGAGAUAACGCUUGGUGUAAUUACUAUAUGAAUGGGUCAGAGAUUUUGAAUAACCUAUGACUCCUAACGGAUUACAUGAUUUAUAAGCCAGAGGUGGCUGAUGAAUAUAUGAAAAUAGUGGUCUACUAACGGCUAGUCACCUCCAAUUACAAAAUUGUAUCAGUAAAUUACCCAGAGUAAAAUAAAUAAUAGGUCACUGUUUAUCAAGACUCCACAGUUCUAAUGUACUGAUGCAGUUCAGAGCUGAUGAUGAUCAAUUGACCCUUCCUAAUCGUUACAAACUCAUAAAAAGUAACCUCAUGAAAAAGCACGUUAUUUAAUAAUUAGCCAAUUAAUCAGAGUUCAUAGCUUCAUAGUUUUGAUGUUAGAGGCUGGAAGGGACCUUACAGAUCAUCAGGAAUGGCCAUAAAUAAAUAGCCUAUGAUUAAAUGACCUACAAAUAUUAAAUAGAUAGUGAAUCAAUGCAGCACCACACCUGAUAAAUAAGCAAAAACAAUAAACUAGUAGUGGAGUCUAAUCAGUAUAUAACCCCUAAGCAUUGCUAAAUACAUAAUAGGUGAAGCAUAAUGACAAACUAAUACAAAUCAGUCAAAAUUAAUAAGUUACCAAAGCAACAAAAUUAAAUAGCAAAAAUGAAUUAUCAACAUAAUUAAUGGAUAGCCAUUGCUAACAAUAAUAUUUAAAAUAAAAAUAGGAGUAACAGAUUUUAUUAUCUAACCCUGGCUAAUUCAUAUUCUAAAGUUAGAAGGCUACGCUGUGGACCUAUAAAUAAGCUAGCAAGUCAUUGAUAACAUUUGCAGUCAAUAGGCCACCAUCAAGUAAUGAACUGUAAUGCAUAAAAAAAUAGCUAAUAUAAAACAGCAAUGCUUAUAAUUAAAUUAACACAUAAGUAAUAUUUGAUAAUUGUAUCCACUCAUCUUCCACAUACAGACAUAUCCUGUUCACCACCAAAUACGUCUGAAUAUCCAUCUAGCCACUUCCCUUCAUCUCACCAUCCAUCUAGCUGAACAUCCCUCCCUCCAUCUCUAACAGUAUCUGUGUCUCCUGGAUUAUCCAUCUCUCACCCCUACCUGGGCCCUUGUGGCAGUAACUCCUCCUUUGUCCAUCUCCUCACAGCAUGGACUGGUUCCACUGCAACCAGUGCUUUCAUCAAAAUGGGGCAGACUUCUCCAUCACCAGCUGUGGACACAUUUUCUGCAGGAAGUGCACUGGCUGUGAUAAAUGCCCCGUUUGCAGAACGACCUGUAAAUACCUGUCCCUCUCCGAUAAUAUGAAACCACAAGAAAAGAUGUUUUUCAAGAAACCAGUGGAAGUUGCCCUCAAGCAUUUUGCCCACAUUUCCCAGGUGUGGCGGUUCCAACAGAAUCAGAGUGAGCUCCGGCUCUCCUUCUACAAGCACAAGGCGUCCCAGGCGGAGAGGGCCCUGCAAGAGGUGCGCCAGAAACUCACCACCUGUGACAGAGAGCUAGAGCUGCUGAGGCAGGAGAACCGAGAGCUGAAGAAAUACCUGAAUGUCCUCAAGGCCUCCCCCAGCCGAUGUCAGGUCAGCAGAAACAACACACCCCGACCAGUGGGCAUCACCUCCCCAUCACAGAAAGUCACCCCGCGGUCAGGUCCCCAGCACUGCAGCCAGGUGGUUAGCCGCUUCUCCUCGCUGGACUCUCUCCCCUACCGGAGUGCUGGCACCUCCAGCUGGCAGGCUGCAGGCAGGACCCCAGCAGACUCCAGCAAUGCCACCCCAUCACCAGCUUCCACACACAGCCAGUCUUACAGGACUUCCUCCUCCUCAUCCCAGACCCCUGGCCUGGGCAUCUUCCCCCCACACCCCUUGGCAGGAAGGGAAGGUGACAGGGGAUCCAGUCGUGCCACCCCCACUCUCACACUAGGCAUCUUCUCAGAUCAGGGAGAGGAGAGCACCCCCACAGAGAACCAGAGCCUGAUGAGACAGCGGCUCAUGCAGCUGCGGUUCAUCCCUCCCUCGGCCUCCUCGCAGCACAGCAGCACUGGCAGGAAUGCCCAGCUGUAGCAGGCUGAGUCACAGAUGGCACUGGACCCUGCUCCCAGGACAGCUCCUGCCUGCUGUGUGUCAGGCUACAGGCAGGCUGGAGCCAGGGGAUGUGUAGAGGCCCCUGCAUCUCUCCC